AGCGGAGAGCGGCAUGCCCGCCCGCCGGCCCCCCGCCUGCUAAAGCUCCCGUCGGCACCGAGGAGGCGGCGGAGGAGGAGCGGGGUCGGCCGCCCGCCCCGUCGCAGCGCCCCGCCGCCGCAGCCGCCCGCGGGGGAGGCCAAGAUGGCAGAGGCGUCGCCCCCCGCCCCGCUCUCCCCCCUGGACGUGGAGCUGGACCCCGAGUUCGAGCCGCAGAGCCGCCCUCGCUCCUGCACCUGGCCCCUGCAGAGGCCCGAGCUGCAGGCCAGCCCCGCCAAGCCCGCCGGCGAGCCGCCCGCCGACGCCGCCUCCAUGAUCCCCGAGGAGGAGGACGACGAGGAGGAGGGGGGCGGCUCGGCCAUGGCCGUCGGCAGCGCGGCCCCCGCGGGGGGAGAAGCGGCGGCGGCGGCGGCCACCACCGCCGUCCCGGAGGAGUCGGCGCGGCUGCUGGCCCCGCUGCCCGGAGGCGGCCCGGAGGGGCCGAGCCUGUCGCCGGGGGGAACGGCGGCGGCGGGCGGCGGGGGGCUGAGCGGGGGCCCGGCGGCGGCGCCGAGGAAGUGUUCGUCGCGGCGCAACGCGUGGGGCAACCUCUCGUACGCCGACCUGAUCACCCGCGCCAUCGAGAGCUCCCCGGAGAAGCGCCUCACCCUCUCCCAGAUCUACGACUGGAUGGUCCGCUGCGUCCCCUACUUCAAGGACAAGGGCGACAGCAACAGCUCGGCCGGAUGGAAGGCCCUCAAACUGACACGAGAUGUAGAAAGAGAACCCUUUGCCAAAUCUGCUGUCAGCAAGUGGACAGUGAUACUGUUUACAGCUUACGACCUUUGUGAACCCUGCAUUAUUUUCCUAACGAAGCAGACUGUUAAUAGGCCCCUUACCGGAGUGAAGAUCCUCUUUUUAUUUUUUUCUUUUUUUUUUUUUCCUUCUCUUUUUUUUGGGAAUUGAACUCAUUCUGAAGUAUGCAAAAUCUUCCUUUUCUGGGAUGGCCAAGCACCUGCUGUGGAGACAAUGUUCAGCACCAUCCUGUUGAGAACACACUGUGUAGCCUUUACAGUAGUUACUUGUCAAUGAGUAUGUGGUGUUUCAAUAUAUUAAUGGUUUAUGGGAUGUUUUUAAGUUGGCUUUUCUUUUUGGAGGUUUUUCCCAUCUGCCCACCCUCCCCCCUACAACCUCCAGUUUGAUUUCCUUAGAUUUUUGACCGUAUUUGCUUUCUCUCCCUGGGGAAUCUAAAGUACCGUGCCCGCGCAAGGAGAUGAUCGUAACCCAACACUGCUCAGACGUCAGGGUUUUCUGAAUAUACAGCGUUUGUUUUACCAAUCAACCGUCUGAAUUCCAGAGAGAGGUGAUGAGUGUGGUCUGUUUGUUUGUUGGGUUGGUUUGUUUGUUUCUUUCUUAUCCUUCCCUUAAAUUGCAUGGUACACCCCUGUUUUCCGUAAGCGUCAGACCAGGGUUCAUUGCAAGCCGAGGGAAACUGGCGAGUUUGCCACUUGGCUCGUGAGGAUGGACUGAUGGCGGGUGCCGUGGCCCCCACGGGCGCUGAGGCAGGAGCCCCUUUUGCCACCCGCCAGAGCGGGCUCCCCCCUCCUGCCUUCUGUUAGCCCCCUACUGCCACAGCAGGCUAGUAAGGAGGUAAAAAGCUGAGCUGGCAGACAAGUGGAACAUAGCCACCUGUAAAGCUGUGUUUGAAAAAGCGAAAAUUAAGGGAAAUAACGCCACUUCGCAGAAAAGCUAAGUGUAGAGGCUGGGCAUCGGCAGGUGACUUGCAGUGGCGACGCCGGGAGCUGAGGCACAGGUCAUUGCAGGGUGUGUUACUGCAUCAGUGAUCCUUCCUUGUUGUUUUUUUUGUUUUGUUUUGGACAUAUCCUUGAUUAUUUUUUUCCUUCUCAUUAUGUAUAAUCUGUUGUGGCAGAAGAAGCAGGAGAGGGAAUGGCAAGGUGACAGUAUCAUACAAAUGGCUUUUCGUAUGGGUAUAGAUUGUAACAGGAUAAAUGACACUGAAAGACAAGGCAGUUUUAUAUAUUUUGCUUCUAAGAUUUUCUUUUGUAAAAUGAAUAAUAAUUAAUAAUAAUAAUGAAUAAAAGGUAUGGUGCUGUAUAGAUCCUCUCUAUAAUCUGGGAAGUUUGAUUACUUUUUAUUAGUAUCUUUGGGGGGGAGGGAUACAAAAAAAGAGGGGAAAACACCAAUGGUACAUAGGAACUCGGUAUGAAGAGGUUCUGAAUAGGACAGUGUAUACAUAAUUCUCCAAAGCGAUAUAUGAAUUUUUUUUUUCUUUGCAUAAAAGCAUUAUGCAUAUAAAUAUAUAAAUAUAUUUUAUUAUGUACAGAAAUGGAUCAUUAUGCAUGGAUGUUAGGAAAAAAAACAACCCCAAACUAGCAUUUUAACCCGAAGUCUCAGUGCAUGAGUUCCCACCGACCCGUGUCCCAUGCAAUGUGGAGUGACUCCCUCUCGCCACUGCCACCGCACACGCACAGUCUUGCACACACAAACACACACACACACACACACACGCACGCACGCACGCAUUCGUGGGCCCUUCCUCGCUCAUUACUUUCCAGGUCCCCGAGGUGAUGUUAGUGAAACAACAGCUCCUAGUGUGAUGGAAGUUUUGUUUUUUGUAUCGUAACCCCCACGCUGUUCUCUCGUAAAGAUGCACCUCUUGGUUUCUCCCCGCAGUUAUGACUGUGUAGCCUCCGUGCCGUUGUGGUUAUCGUAGCCCUGUAGCAUAUCAACUCUUCCAAGCAGCCAAGGGUUUAUCAUUUGCCUUUUAAAAAAACUUCUCUUUUCUUUUUACACUGAGGUGGUCCAUUUGACAGCGUGGGGACCAGUUUAUUACAUUUAUUGGAGUUAACUGAUGCUCAUUGCCCCUCUCUGUCAGCAGCCAGCUACCCAGGACGCUCAAGUAGCACAGUGGUCACCUGGGCUAGAGGUCGCUUUGCUUAUUGGAGUCCAGUUGCAGGCACCUUUUACUAAGGUUGGUCGAGCACUUUAUCACCAGCCUCCCCUGAGUGCGUAGCAUUAGCUCUCAGCUUCCCGGCACACCCCGAAAUGCGAGUGUAUGCUGAAGGACAUCCCUCAGGUGCUCUUUUCCCCGAGGUUCCUCCACGGUUGCCAUCCUAUGGCUGGGCUUGUGCCCCUGCCCCUUGGUUUUGGCCACCGGCAGAGCUCACUCAGUGGCUCCCUGUGCCAGGGCACAGAAUUUGUCCCCUGAACAAGUGAGCCUCCAGUGAGACCCGAGGUACCUGCCCAAAGACCACUAACCAGGCCACUGACAGCAACCAGUAAGGCCUGACUUGAUGGUAUGGCCAAGGUGACCAAAAUCCAUCAUUUUAUUUUUUUUUUCUUGGUAGGGAUGCAGUUCUUGUCAAAGGCAAGAGAAGGCCCGUUAGCUUUAACCAAAUGGGGGCAACUUGUGGUCUGCUACGGCAGCCUAGCCCCCGGAGUCCAACGGAGCUAGCUCCCCCUGGCAGAAAUGAGAGAGAAAACUAUGGUCCCCUCUGUUCAUAAAAUGGAGAAAAAACACUUUUGAUUUGGAGACAGCCUGUCAAUGGCAGAGAAGUUCUUUUAAAACAAGAAUAAAAAAAUUAAAAGCAUUAGCAGCUGAAAGGCUUAACCUGCCUCCCACCAACGUUAAGGAAAAUAUUUCCAUUGGUGUGGCUGGGACACCUCGGGCGCCUUGCUUUGGAGAACAUCCCAACACUUGCGGAAGAGGGGUGGACUGGGCCAGCCUCUUCAUUUUGAUUUGGUUUCUCUUGCUCAUUUUUGGGGCCAAAAUUUUCAAACGGAAGUGCCUGGUGUCAGGCAGCGAACGUGGGGGACUCCAGCAUGGUGGCACGGAGCGAGCUGUUCUGCCCUCGCCGCUUCUCGAAGGAGGGAGAGGUGCCAGGUUCCCUCAGUCCCAGGAGAAGGUCAGCACCCUCUACGCCUGCCAAGGUGCCCAGCAAACACGCUCCUCUCCAGAGGUGCUAAAUAAAUCUCCCUGAAUUCAAAGGGUCACUUACUUAGGUGUCAAAAUACAGGCUGAUUUUGGGAACCUACCUUUGGAAAAUAUGGCCGUUAACUCUUUGAACAUGUUUAUGCCUAGACAUUUUUCUUCUGAAACUGUGUAAAACAGAUAAAGGUCCGGAAGAAUUAUGUAGUUAUCUUUUAAACACUUGGUCUAAACAAAAGAUCUAAAAAGGUGACAUUCAUGCAGUUCCUAGUCACAGGUUUGGGGCUUGAUUUAAUGAUUUUGUAAAAAAAUUUUCUCUUGAGAAUCAUUGGAUAGUUGACCACUGCUUAACUCCAGAAAUGUUUGUGCCACCGCUUCAAAAAGUUAACCUUUUAGGUCAUGUAUUUCUCUAAAAUGAUGUCAUUGCUUGGCAAUCGGUGUCCUGUAAGUGUUUCUAGUACACGGUAUACCUUAGGAAUUGCCAACAGAUGCGAAGGGGGACCAGAUACAUUUCGUUACUAUGGGUUGGAAAAAAUGGAUUGUACAUUUGGCUUCACAUGUUUAACUUUUUUUUAAAAAAAGUUGCAUGAUUGGAAAAAAUAUGUAUACAGUAUCUGUAAAACUGUUUUAUCUGUUUUUGUUUCAAGCCAUGUAAAUUGGAAGAAUAUUAAAUCCACAGCCUUAUCGCGCAUGGCCGUCUUUACAUACCGAAGAGCUGAACAGUUUAUACUUUUCAUUUGGGCUAUCUUGUACUUUCAUUUGAAAGCAGACACUCUCAUGUUGCAGUCUUACUGAGGAUUUUAUAUUAAAAAAAAAAGAAAAAAGAUGCUGCCCUGGAGGAAUAUACUACCUUACUACACAGAGGUUGGAAGGAAGUUUGUUUUGGAGCAAAACCUGCCCCUUUCCAAAGGAAGUAGAGACGCAGUGCUUACUCCACUUGGUGUUAGUAGAUAUUGCCUUGUGUAUUCCAUUUUAAAUUGUAAUCUAGUUUGUAAAAGAGAUGGUGACGCAUGUAAAUAAAGCAUAAUGGAUCUCUACAUUGCA